AUGUCAUCUGCUACCGAUAAGGCUCGGUUCUUUCUUGAGAAGUCAGUUCCUGAGCUGAAAGAGUAUGAGAGCAAGAAGAUUUUCACCAAGGAAGAAAUCACUGCCAUCAUUAAAAAACGAUCCGAUUUCGAGCACAAACUCAAUGCGCGUGGCGCAAAGCCGGUGGACUUUGUUCGAUAUGUGGAAUAUGAGAUCAAUCUUGAGGCCCUGCGCAGAAUGCGCGUGAAGAGAAUGGGAAUUCGUGCGCCAGGCCACAGUGGCACUCGUAGGAUAUUUUUCGUGUUAGAGAGAGCGACCCGCAGGUUCCAGGGCGACCUCAAUCUAUGGAUCCAAUACAUUGAAUAUGCGCGAAAGCAAAAGUCCUACAAGAAGCUCUCGAUGAUCUUCACCGACGCCCUACGGUUACAUCCGACCAGCGCAGAGCUAUGGAUUUAUGCCGCAAAGUCUGUUCUGGAUGACCAAGCCGAUAUGUCCCAGGCACGGAGUUAUAUGCAGAGAGGGUUGAGAUUCUGCAAGAAUCAACAAGAGCUCUGGUUGCAAUAUGCGAAAUUGGAAUUGAUCUACAUCACCAAGCUGGUUGCUCGCCAGCAGAUAUUGGGACUGACAGAGACCCGAGCCAAGGACAGCGAUGAGGCAUUGGACACCAAUGCCGAUAUGAUUGCGAUACCGAAGAUUACGGAGCAGGACAUCAACCCAGAUGGAAAUGCAGAAGCGGCCGAGAAUGCCAUCGAGACCCUGAAUUCCACCCCCGCCCUCAGCGGAGCUAUCCCGAUCGCUAUCUUCGACGCCGCAAUGAAAAACUUCCAGAAUGACGAUCGAUUCGGAGCCGAGUUCUAUGAGAUGGCUUUGGAGUUUGAAAACUUGCCUUGUCUAGUCACAAUCCUGGGCCACGUGGUAGACAACAUGCAGACCCACCAAACUACCAGCUUCCGCACGCAAAUUUGCUACAUCAAAUUCCCCACUGCUGGUGUGCGUGUCACAUCACCAGAGUUCCCACGUGUCCUGGGAAGCUCAUUUGCUCGCAUCAAGGAGUGUCAGCCAUUGAGUAACAGCCUUGCCAAAGAGUUGGUGAGCUGGUUGAAACCGCUGGCCGAAACAAAGGACUUGGAUCCUUCGCUGAAAAAGGCCAUCAUUUCCACAGCGCGCAAUGCGGAGCGAACAUUGUCGGAGUAA